GGGAGAAGUCAUGGACGCGCAAUCACAACUGGGCUCACAACUCUGGAGCUGCGGCUGAUGUUCGUAGACGCGAGUACUACACUCACGGGGACCUCCGUUGGAAUUUGUGUUAUGGAUACUACUUGUCUCCAUAGGAGUCAUAGGCUUACGUUUUCAGACUGGGAAUACAAUCAACGUCAGUUUUUUUGUAUUUAAACGUUAUCAGAUUUUCGGGGGCUGUGCAUCCUACAGUCAUGGAAUGCGUACCAUUGUGGGGAAGAAGUGGGGUUUUAAAUCUCGCCGUCCACUCUUUGCAUCCCCCAAUGUUUGUUCGUUAGUUCUCAUUAGCUGGCUAAAGUCAGGGCUCUACGGUGACAGAAAAAUAAUUGUAGGCUACUCUCAUUAUUUCGAAUAGAAGCAUAAAAAACAUAUCAGUUUUGUCGAAGGACUUCUGAAGUGGGCAAUUUCUUUUGAUCUGAGCGACACCUAAUAAUACAAGCCUCUUUGCGUGCUAACCAACCAAGCGAAAAAGUCGUCGGCUAGCCAGUGAGAAAGGCAUACCUGACCAGGUUGUUUGUAAAAAUGGAGGCUGUUAUUGAAAAAGAAUGCAGUGCACUUGGAGGCCUUUUUCAAACUAUUAUCGGUGACAUGAAGAGCAGUUAUCCAGUCUGGGAGGAUUUCAUAAGCAAAGCUUCAAAGCUGCAAUCCCAGCUAAGAACCACAGUGGUGGCCACGGCAGCCUUCCUUGAUGCCUUCCAGAAGGUAGCUGACCUGGCGACCAGCUCUCGAGGGAGCACCAGGGACAUCGGCUCGGCCCUGACCAGGAUGUGUAUGAGGCACAGAAGCAUCGAGGCCAGACUGCGGCAGUUGUCAAUGGCUCUCAUAGACUGCCUCAUCAACCCACUGCAGGAUCACAUAGAGGACUGGAAGAAAGGGGCCAACACUCUUGACAAAGACCAUGCCAAAGAGUAUAAGAAGGCCAGACAAGAGAUCAAGAAGAAGUCUUCCGACACCCUGAAGCUGCAGAAGAAGGCAAAAAAAGUGCUGUUUCCAGCUGAUGCCAUGGGCCGCGGUGACGUCCAGCCCCAGCUGGACUGUGCCAUGCAGGACGUGAGUGAUAAGUACCUGCUGCUGGAGGAGACGGAGAAGCAGGCGGUGAGGAGGGCCCUGAUAGAGGAGCGCGCACGCUUCUGCUCCUUUGUGUCCAUGCUGAGGCCUGUGCUGGAUGAGGAGGUGUCCAUGCUGGGAGAGAUCACCCACCUGCAGACUAUUGCAGAUGAUCUGAAGUCCUUGACUAUUGACCCACAUAAGUUGCCCGCUGCGAGUGAGCAGGUCAUCCAUGACUUAAAAGGCUCCGACUACAACUGGACCUACCAGACCCCUCCGUCCUCACCUAGCAACGCUGUCUCCAGGAAGUCCAGCAUGUGCAGCGGCAGUCUGACCAGUGUGACCAGUAGCGAUUCGCGGUCCAGUGGCUCCUACUCGCACUCGCCCACCAGUACCCCGCACUAUCGGUACCGCAGCUGCACUCUGCCACCCCACUCCUCCAACCGCCUGGCCUCCAUCUCCUCCCACGACUCCGGCUUCAUCUCGCAGGACGCCGGACAGUCCAAGUCCCCCUCGCCCAUGCCCGCGGACACCGGCACACAGCACCGCAGCUCUGGAGUUUCUGACACGCCUGACGCCACCGAUGGCAGCUCUGGAAGCCCAGCAAAAAAGUUGACCAACGGCUUUGAGCACUACGGGCUGCCGGACUCCCUCUACCUGGCCGGGGUGGGUGGAGGUGGCAGUGGCGGCGGCAGCAGCCUCUACCCCUCCUUCCCUCCCCCCGCCUCCCCCUCAUCCUCCUCCUGCUCGUCCUCGUCCACCCUGCGCUCCUGGUCCCGGCCCCUGUCCGCCCUCAUCCCAGACUACCCCCACUACUGCACCCUGGGCCCCGGCAUCAUCCCCUCCUCCAAGGUCCCCAGCUGGAAGGACUGGGCCAAGCCUGGGCCCUAUGACCAGCCCAUGGUGAACACGCUGCGUAAGAAGAAGGAGAGUGGGAGUGUGAGUAUGAGCAUGGAGCCCCCUCCGGCCCCCGCUCAGCCAGCGCUCCCCAGCAGCCACUCCACUGACCAGCCCCCCAGAGUGUGCCGUAUGCUCGCCAUGCCCAAGCCUGCGGAGGACCCAGACCCCCAUGCAGAGCUGGCGCUGGCCCUCUCCUGUGGCCUGCAGCUGGACGCACACGCCCAGGGCUCCAGCCGAGACUCCCUGCAGUGCUCCAGCGGCUACAGCACCCAGACCAACACACCCUGCUGCUCCGAGGACACCAUCCCUUCACAGAUGUCCGACUAUGACUAUUUCUCCAUGGGUGGGGAGCCGGAGGUGGACCAGCAGGACUUUGACAAGUCUUCGACCAUCCCCCGCAACAGCGACAUCACCCAGUCCUACCGGCGCAUGUUCCAGACCAAGCGGCCAGCCUCCACGGCCGGCGUCCCCUCUGGUCCCGUUCCGGUCAUAGUCACGCCCGGCACGGCCACCAUCCGCCGCACGCCCUCCACCAAGCCGUCGGGCCGGCGCGCCACCAUCUCGGGAGGGGGGCCCAUCCCCAUCAAGACCCCCGUCAUCCCGCUGAGGACCCCCGCGGCACCGGACACUCUGCCCAGCCUCUGCUUCGGUCAGGGCGGCUGCGUGGCCAGCGAGGAGGAGGAGGAUGAGGACCCCCCCAGCCCGGAGUCGCCGGCCUCGGGGGAAGGAGAGCAACUGGGCCUCCUGCCGGUGUCCUCCUGGAGUGGACAGGCCUCCACCAACCCCCCUGUUCCCGUCGCUCAGACGGGGAAGGGCUCCGACGGGCUGCUGGACGGGAUGGACCCCGCAGACCCUCAGGGCGACACGAUGCUGCUGGCUAUUCAGCGCGGCGUCAAACUGAAAAAGACUCCAAUGACCAGUGACCGCUCUGCUCCACGCAUUGCCUGAGUGCGCAGCAGAAGGCCUCUCUGCUUACAACAGUACAACAGGAGGCACCAGAAACAAGACUCUAAUUUACUGAGACAGGGGUCCAGCUGAUAAGUCAGUAAGACUGUAUGUGUGUGUAGAUUACAUGUGUAACCAUCACAAUAUUAUAGCCCACCUUUUUUGGUUGUUUUUUUCUGUGGUCAACCAGUGGCUAUAGUAUGUAUGAUAGUGAUUUAUCCUAGAAGAGCACAAAAGACCUGGUUAGGAACAGGGACAGGAAGAACUUCUUGGGACCCUAAUGAUUUGAGCGUGGGCAAUGACGCCUUAUUGGAAUUGUGUAUAUCAGUCCAUCACUUUUCUCUUUCUGUCGUCUUAAGCAGCUGAGGCCAACACCUGAGGUGCUGUAUCAUGAGGCGUUUUCCAGUGGUGUCUUGAACAAGUCUGGUUGUGCAGGUGGCAGGUACCAUCCUCAUCCUAGAUGCUUAAAUGGAUCCUGAUCCUCUCUGCUGAUUCCUAGCUAGAAUUGCAGCAAUUCAAUGGUGCAGCAGUUCAAUCAGUUAGUUUUUACUCAGAGAUCAUUAAUGACCUCUUUCAAAGCAAUAUGCUGGCUCAUAAUUUUACAUGUUAUGGUAGAAAAUAUGUGUACAGUUUGUGUCACAAUGGUACAAAGAAGCAACAGAAAUGAAAAAAAAAAACUAUGGAUAUCUGUAUAAAGAUGAAAAAGAUUUCAGAUGGUGACACUAAAGAUUUUACUCACUGCUUCUGCUUAUCGGUUUUGAGCAAUUUUUUGUUCAAUAUUAGGAAUGCAUGACGCCUUACCUCUGUAAACUGCGCAUUACAUAUUAUAAUGUUGUUUAUCUCAAAAUAAGCUAUGGUUUACUACACAAACCUUUUGUGAUGUACAUGAACUGGUUUGUAAUGACCCCCCCCCCCCUUUGCAUCAGUUUUUGGUUCAGUUUUAGAGUAGAGUUGUGCUGGUAAGGGUGUGAUUUAGCCAAACGUGAAACGCUAAAAAGACUCAUUGUGUUUUUAAAUGACCUACUGUCUCUCAUACCUCCGUACCUUAUUUGUGAUUUAAUUUUGUACAUAGUGUAGAUAGUUUUUUUGUAAUUUUAUAGGUUGAUAAAUAAAAUGAUCUCUCCUCCCCUGGAAGAGAUUAUCCACAGUUUAAAUUCAUAGGUGGCAGAGUAUUAAAGCAUUCAAAUUUAGGUAAAAAGAAUUCAAAUGUGAUAUUAAAGCACACAUUAAUAAAAAUAAACUAUCCAAAAUGGUAUUAAGAACAUAUUAAUUACGUAGCUGACUUCUUUGAUGUAUUGGUUAGUAGAUUUCUGAAGUUGGCCAAGUUGAAUUUACGCAUCAAUGUUGGUAUUGUUCUGCAAUAACAAAGCUAUUAAAAUUUUCCUUAGCUCCCAAUGGAAAUGCUGUGUGCGAGCUAUAGAUAUAUAUAGAGAAUAUAGCAUACCCUUUAUCAAAUGCAUCAUAUUGAAGAAAAUAUGUAGUUUCAAAGUUUCCACAGACUGUUUAUGUAAGCCAACAUCAGUGAUUAUAAGAAUCUGCAUUUUUGACCUGUUCAUUUAGUGCUCUGACCUUUGUGUGAGUCUCCUGUUGCUUUUAAAAUGUUCCAUUCUACCAGAUUCAAUGGUUUAUUUAUUUUCACGUUUAAUCACAGCUUUGGCACCAAUUAAAAAAAAAAUUAUGUUUAAAGA